CACAGCACCCCAGUGAUUCCGGCCGUGAAAGCCGUCGACGAUACAUUCCUCUCCUGGUGAGGGGAAUGGCUUCACCCUGAGGCAUUCGAGUUCCUGCCAUCUGAUAUAUUUGCCGGGAUCUCCAACAGAACUACGUGGAAGAAAAAAGAGAGCGAAGUUAGCUACCGGAGCGGGGCGCCGAGCAGGGAAAGCGGGCGGGGAGGAAAGGUGCUAUUGUCUGAGAUUUUUAGACCACCCCAUCCCCUAGGGGCUCAUCAAGAGGUAGCAGUGUUUUAAGCAAGUAUCUACCUAUUAUUAGUGUGUCCCCAAGACCCAUCCAUCGUUCAUAUCCAGAGGAGACUUCAGCAAGUUUCUAAAAGGAACUCUGAUUAUGGCACCAUCAGGAAGAAAAACUGCAGGGAAACCAGCCAAACCAGCACAGGAGGAUCCAGUUGUACAUGCCUACCACUUUGAUGAAAAUGAAAAGAAGCAUCUGAGUGGCUCAGAAGAGGACAUUCGAGAAGAUGAAACACCAAUCAUUGACAAACAUGGGAAAAAAAGAUCUUCGACAACUCCUCAUCCUGUAGUUCAAGAUGAUGUUGGGGGAGAAGUACAGAAUAUGUUGGAGCGAUUUGGAGCGGAUAUUAACAAGGCACUUCUAGCUAAGAGGAAAAGAUUAGAAUUGUACACCAAAGCCUCUCUCAAAACAAGUAAUCAGAAAAUAGAAUGUGUUUGGAAAACCCAACAAGAGCAAAGGCAGAAAGUCAACCAUGAAUACUCCCAACAAUUCCUACAUGUGUUUCAACAGUGGGAUGCUGACCUACAGAAAGCAGAAGAACAGGAAGAAAAACUAGCGAACAUGUUUCGGCAACAACAAAAGGUAUUCCAACAGGCAAGAAUAGUUCAGAGUCAGAGACUGAAAACCAUUAAGCAGCUAUAUGAACAAUUCUUGAAGAGCAUGGAAGACAUGGAGAAGACUCAUGAAAGCCUAUUAACUGGAGCCCAGAAUGAACUUCGCAAAGAAAUGGCUAUGCUGCAAAAGAAAAUUAUGAUGGACACUCAACAGCAAGAGAUGGCAACUGUUCGCAAGUCUCUUCAAUCCAUGUUAUUCUGAUGGCUCAGUGGAGAAACAACGUGAACCUAAGUAACAUGAUAUAUACGUUAGCCGUGAGCAAAAGAGCCAUUGUUUCAAACUCCAUAUUAAAAGUUACAUGCAUUGUUCGAAUACUCAGUAACGUGAAUAGUAACAUCAACAAGCCAUUGUUCCAAAGCAACUAAAAAGCUAGUUAAUUCUCAUUCAGUGUUGGCAAACCUAUACUAAUCCCUUUUCACCUCUUUAAAAUUAAGAAUCUAUUUUGGGAUUCAGAUACUUUUAAAAUAGUAGCCAUUUAAGUGCAGACAAACCUUAGUAACACACAGUUUUCCUACAGGAACUAUAAUUGCAGAACAUACAAAAAACUGAUUGUCUUCAACAAAUUUUACAGGUUUCAGAUUUUUAUAUUCUCACCGUUAUAUGUAUCACAGGAGAAUAUUCCUUUAAUCUAAGAGGGUUUUGCCUUAACUGCCAUACUUUACAGUCUAUGUUUUGCUGGCAUAAUAUUUCUUUUAUUGAAAAACACUUCAAUAAUUUGUAAUGUCAGUCUUUUCUUAACAAGGAUGUUCCACUUUCUUGGGCAACCAAUACAUCAGAAAUUGUACCUUUCAUGUCAUGUGUUACAUAACUGAAUUAAAGAGCUCCUAAUAAAAAUGCAACCUGCUAUGUUUAA